CCGACACCUAUUAUGCGUCCGUGCGGAAACAUGCAACGAAUAUGCUGGGACUGUUAACGCUAAACUCCAAACGUUCCCGUUACGUUAAAACAUUAUUGCGCGCGUUGAAUCAGACCGAUGGACUCCGGAGUCUCUCACACAUCGGCCAGUCCGACCAAAACAUCCGGAGUUUCAUCCGAGAGAACACGGAAACAUGUGGAGGGCAGAGUCUGACGCCGGAGAUCCGACUGAGGCUCUUCACCCCAAACUGCCGGUUCUGGAGGGAGAGACCCGAGCUGUGGCCCUUCGAGGAUCCGUACUGGGCCAUCUACUGGCCCGGGGGUCAGGCAGUCACCCGGUAUCUCUUGGACAAUCCUGGCCUGUGUCUGGGUAAGAAGGUCCUGGAUGUGGGGAGCGGCUGUGGAGCCUCUUCCAUCGCUGCAAAACUCUGUGGUGCUGCUCAUGUUGUUGCUAAUGACAUUGACCCCGUUGCAGCCGUUGCGUUCCACAUGAACUGCGAGCUGAACGGCUUAGACCCGCCCAUUUGCACGACAGACAACAUGAUUGGUUCGGAACCAGAGGACUUUGACCUGAUCCUCCUGGGUGACAUGUUCUACGACGAGGCCCUGGCCACCAGCCUUCACUGCUGGUUGAACCGUUGCAUCAAAACCCACCGCACCCAGGUCCUGAUCGGUGAUCCCGGCAGAGAACAGUUUGAGGGACACAGCAUCCGGCGGCUCCUGCGUCAACUGGCUCAGUUUGAGCUGCCGGAGUCUGUCAGAGAAGAAAACUACGGACUGACCUGCAGCAGUGUUUGGUGCUACACUCCUGAAGUCUGAGGCCAACAGAGGAUCUCCUGCACCCUCUUACAUGAAUGUAAUUAAUACUUCUGCUAUGAACAUCUGCAAAGCACUGCGGACACUUUGUGGUUCCAGUUUUUUAAUAUAUCCGGAAUACUGUGUUGUAGUCAUAUACACAACUUGACUGAGGAGAAUCUUUAUAUGUGGAUGUUAAGGGUAUAAUGAUAGAAAAUAAAUUCAAAAAACUAGUUUAAGUUGUUUAUUUCAUUUGCACUUUUUCAAAUGUAAUAAAUACUGAUGAAACAGAGUUGAGGAAUUAAAGAGUGUUUUGGCAGCUUCUGUGAAUCAAGCGGCAGUGAGGUCCAGACUCUUGUAACGGUUACCAGCCUAGCUAUUUUGUAACGGCCUAUUUCAACCUAGCACUUCCAAGGUCCUUAGCGUUCAUAGCCCUAUCGUCCACCGCAGAGUGUACAUGGUCAAAGUAUUUAGCCCGUUUGCUCAGAGGAGGAUUUAUGGUUGGAGACGCAUUACAGGUGACAAUCAAGAGAGUGAUCAAUUCUCUGAGUUGUCUAGGCAGAAUCUGGUUUCCCUUAGGUCAUGACUCUACACCGACAGAUAAGCUAUCACUCUUAAGGAUCGUAGGGUUGUUAUACUGGGCUAGUCCUUGCACAGUCCUAGGCUAGUAAGCGUCUAAUUCCUAGUGUUUCACAAUGUUCAAUCCGCACCUCGUGGUGAAAGACUCCUAGUGAGCCCAUCCCAUACCUCAAAAACCACACUUAAGGUGACCACCUACCCGUGGAAACUCACCCUUCAGGCAGACAUCUCUGACGUAGAAGCGUGGGUCCCAAAGUUUUGUGACUGUCACACGAUGGGUAACAGCAAAUUUAUUCCUAAAUUUACAAGAUACCGAUUGUCCGAUGCUAAUGAGCUCUUAAGUCGAGUUCUAUUGCUUCCAUCGUCAUUGGGGCGCUCUGUAAAGUGAAGUAAAGUCAGUUGCUCUGUGAGGCUCUGAUUGAAUUCUCAAUGUCUUGUUGAAAGAUACAAAAGUAUUUGAAAGGCACAGAGUGCGCACUGUGGCCUAAAUAACAUAGGGUUAUAUACUGUCUGCUGCCGGAUGUUAUGACCUUAUGUGUUCUUGUGACUUCCUCAAUACUAUACAAUGUUUUUACAGGAUAGAGGACAGCAUGCAAAGCAAAAGGUCAGGACACAUCCUGUGCUUACAUUGGUUUUACAGGAUGUAAGAUAGCGUGCAAGGCAAAAGUGCAGGUGAAUAGAGCCGUGCCAGCGAGCUGAUUCAGGCGGCCAACUCGAGCUGCGCUGCGGCAAUCAUGUGACAUACAAGUGACGUAUCUCACUCGCCACAGCCAUCUGUUAUACACACCCGCCUGGUCUACAAGUUAUUGCUCAUCACUCCCAUUUUUCAUGUGUUAUCAUAUAGGUGAGUGAUUAAGUUGGAGCCUAGACGACAAACACUAAACCUGUUCUACUGCUGCAAAUAAAUGUUCGAACGCGA